GAACAUUAUGCAGCGGGUAUGGUGAAUUUUCUUCCUGCUUUUUAUGGUGUAUGUGGCAGAGGAUUUGUGAUUGGCAACGACGGCUUACCCCUCUACAAGUUUCUCUUGUCACCGUGGAAAACUAGAGUGCGACUUGCCAUUCAACUACUUGAUUUGAUAGAUCAUCUUAUAAAUUCCAGCUCCGAGUGGGAAUUAAUUAUUCUGAAAUUUGAUUUCAACAGCUUUUAUGUUACAUCCAACGGUCAACUUGUCUUGAAAAAUAUUGAUGAUUUAGUGAUCAUUGAUAAAACACAAACAAAUGCCGAUGAAUAUGAACCACCUGUUAGUGCUUGUAAUGACAAAUGUCUUUCUGAAAUCUUUGAAUUAAAAUCUCUUUGCAAAGAACCUACGUUCCGACCUUACAGCCAUGUUAUGUUCCUAAUAGCAUGCACGAACAUUCUGUCUGAUGAAAAUGAUCGAAAAGAAGAGCAAGACAAGAAUAUAGAAGGAAUGGGCUUGUUACACGAUCCAGUCGGUCAGCAAUCUCACUACGUGUCAGAAUUCCUUACAAGAUGUAUCCAUGAGGAAUCAUUCGGAGCUAGGAUUGCCACAGUCAAAAAAUUCCGCCAUAUUCUGAAGCAAAUGUUGUAGAAAAGUGUCCAUCUUCGGUUUCUGUUUACUUAGGUCGUUAAGGAUCAACAUUUAGACCCAAGGAUUGUGUUGCAUAUGCGCCUAAGUCCUAUCUAAGUGUAGAGCUUAUUAUAAACAAAAUAUAAGUAAAUACAGCUAGCUUUGCUCAAUUAUCUAA